CCAGCCCCAACUCGGCUCGGGCGCUGCGAGCGGGAGGCGAGCGGGCUGAGCCGGAGGCGCAAGAGAAGAGGCUUCGCCUUGGCCGCUCUGCAAACAAAGGCGCCGAGCCGGGCAGCGCUGCGGAGGGGCGGCCGCCGCUGGACCCUUGCAAAGUGGGCCGAGGCGAGCGAACCCCGGGGGUGGCCUCACAACGAAAUGGGUCGGAGCUCCGGAAUGCCGAGCCGGGAGCGUUUAACUCGGCUCGCUUAGCUGGCUGCCUGCGGGGCUGAUCCCGCCCGGAAAGACUCGCCUCUGUUUGGGAUAAAAACGCAAACAUCCUGACUAUGUGGCAACAGACAUUCAGGCCAUCUCAGUGGCACACACUUCUUAAGGAGAACAGAAAUCCCUGACUUAUAUUGCAUGGAAUUGGACUUUGGAUAGAGCAGAGCUGGAAUGGGAAAUCACAGCGACAACCAUACCUGUGUGACAGAUGAUUCAUUCAAGUACAACCUCUAUGGCGCUGUCUACAGUGUGGUGUUCAUCCUUGGCUUGAUCACCAACUGUGCCUCUUUGUUCAUGUUCUGCUUUCGCAUAAAAAUGCGGAACGAAACGACCAUUUUCAUGACCAACCUGGCGGUCUCGGAUUUGCUCUUUGUCUUCACACUCCCGUUCAAAAUCUUCUACAACUUCAACAGGCACUGGCCUUUUGGAGACACUUUGUGCAAGAUUUCAGGGACCGCCUUCCUGACCAACAUCUAUGGGAGCAUGCUGUUCCUCACCUGCAUCAGCGUUGACCGCUUCCUUGCUAUCGUCUACCCAUUUCGAUCUCGUACCAUUCGGACACGAAAAAACUCAGCCAUUGUGUGUGCAGGUGUCUGGAUUCUGGUCCUCAGUGGAGGAAUAUCAGCAUCUUUGUUUUCCACCACUAACGUCAACAAUGCAAGUACGACGUGUUUCGAAGGUUUUUCCAAACGCAUAUGGAAGACCUACUUAUCCAAGAUUACAAUAUUUAUUGAAGUGGUUGGCUUCAUUAUUCCCUUGAUGCUCAACCUCACCUGUGCAUCUUUGGUGCUGAGGACUCUGCGGAAACCUGACACCCUCUCCCAGAUCGGCACAAACAAAGAGAAAGUACUCAAGAUGAUCGUGGUGCACGUGGCUGUCUUCAUAGUCUGUUUUGUACCCUACAAUUCCAUCCUUUUUUUGUACGCUCUCGUACGUUCUCAGGCCAUCGCUAACUGCUCCUUGGAGAGAUUUGCAAGGACCUUGUACCCGAUCACAUUGUGUGUUGCCACCCUGAAUUGCUGUUUUGACCCUUUUAUCUACUACUUCACUUCAGAAUCUUUUCAGAAGUCUUUCUAUAUCACUUCGGACCUCAAAAGCGAUUCUCUUUGCAAGACUGAAACUGCACUAACAACCCAGGUCAUCCCGCCAGCGAUACGGGAGGAGAUGAGUGUUCAGGCCAUUAGAAAUGGGAGAGAUCUGAUGUCUGAAUCCCACUUUUGAUACUGGAGCUUUCAACAUCAGAUGUGUGCUGAGAACUGGGUUUCAGAGAGAGCUCCAUGUCUAGGAAAAGGAUGCUCAUUCCAAACCAGGAAAGAUGGGAACGACACAGGAAAUGUUAAAAAAAAAAAAGAAAGAACAGCAAACUGGAUGUUCUAACUACCUUGUGAAAACAGAUCAUCAUAUGUUAACUCAAAUAACAUUACCUAUAUGUAUCAUCCGUAUGCUUUUGAAGCUAAGAAAUAAUAAAAUAUGUCACCUUUUCUUGA